UUUCCGUUGGUCUAAUUUCAUGAAUUGACCAAUAAAAUAUUCUAAUUUUCACAUUUAAAUAAAUUAAUCAUAACCCAAUUACAAUCCUCAAGUGUAUUUAUGAACUUGCCAGAUCAACAUUUUAGCCUUCAUCUUCUUCUUCUUCUUCUUCCUCCCGUCGGCUGUAGAAUUGAAUUCGCAGAAAAAGCACUUGCAAGAAAAGCACAGAGCUUUUGGAAAGCUUUGUGGGUGGUUCGGGUGAUUUUAAUUCCGUGAAUUGCCGCAGAGAGGUGAGGAAGGGCAAAUGAAAACCUCUCUCAGAAGGCUGCGAGGUUUCGCACUUCACAAGCACGAUGCCAAGGACCGGAGAGAUCUCCGCCCGCUGCCGCAAUUGGACGAGCUCGCCCAGGCUUCUCAGGAUAUGCACGAUAUGAGGGACUGCUAUGACAGCUUACUUUCUGCCGCUGCCGCCACGGCUAAUAGCGCUUAUGAGUUUUCGGAGUCGCUGCGGGAAAUGGGUUCUUGUCUUCUUCAGAAAACUGCACUAAAUGAUGAUGAAGAAAGUGGUUCAGUUCUGCUGAAGCUAGGGAAACUGCAAUAUGAACUCCAUAAACUCGUUGAUAGCUAUCGCUCUCAUAUAUUCCAGACAAUUGCAGUUCCAUCAGAAUCUCUUCUGAAUGAACUUCAAACAGUUGAGGAGAUGAAGCAACAAUGUGAUGAAAAAAGAGAUGUAUAUGAUUUUAUGAUAAAGAGAUACAAAGAAAAAGGGAGGUCAAGAGGUGGUGGGAAGAGAGAGAGCUUUUCUAUGCAGCAAAUACAAUUGGCUCGCGAUGAAUAUGAUGAGGAGGCUACAUUAUUUGUUUUCCGGUUGAAAUCUCUGAAGCAAGGACAAUCUCGUAGUCUUCUCACGCAGGCAGCUCGCCAUCAUGCUGCUCAGUUGUCCUUCUUCAAGAAAGCACUUAGGUCUGUUGAGUCAGUAGAGCCACAUGUGAAACUGGUAACUGAGAAGAAGCAUAUUGAUUACGAGUUCCAUGGGCUACAUGAUGAAGGGGAUGGUGACAACGAUGACGAUGAGAAUGAUGACGAUGAUAGCAUUGAUGUGAAUGAUGAUGGAGAAUUGAGCUUUGACUUUGGACAACAGGAUCAAGAUCAAGAUGUUUCUACUUCAAGAAACUCAAUGGAGUUGGAUCAGGCAGACAUUACCUUUCCCAGAUUACCGCAGGUGGAAGCUCUCAAGGACAGACUCCGCAGGAAUUCGUUUUCAUUUAAGGGUAGAGGAGUCAGCCAAUCAGCUCCGCUGUUUCCUGAAACUAAUUUAGGUCGAGCCGAUAAAAUGAGACAUAGGCAGACAUCAUUUUCACGGAAGUUCCACUCAUAUGUACUACCGACACCAAUUGAUAAGAGUCCAGUUUCUACUGGAUCAGGUAUGCCAGUGCCCCACACCGUACAGACAACUUUAAGUGAGCGAACACAGAAUUUGUGGCAUUCGUCACCCUUGAGACCGGGGAAUCAAAAGACGGGAGAGAAGAAAAUUGCUGGAACCAAUUUUAUAGAUGUGCAGUCAGUACUCAAAGAGAGCAACAAUAAUAUUGCACCACAUCGAUUACCCCCUCCUCUCACAGGUCAGGUUUUGUUUUCGGGGCAGGAUCCACUGGUUGCUUCUGACUUUAAAAAAAUAAAAAGGCAAGCAUUCUCAGGUCCAUUGACAAGUAAGCGUUGGGCUUCUAAAACUGUCCCCUUGGACCAUCACCCAAUGUUUUCUGGACCUAUUUUGCGCAAUCCAGGGUCUCAACCUCUGUCAACUUCACCUAAAGUAUCUCCAAAUGCUUCGCCUACUUUUAUGUCCUCUCCUAAAAUAAGUGAACUUCAUGAGCUUCCUAGGCCACCUGUAGCCUCCAAGGCUUCAAGACCUGCGGGUCUAGUUGGUCAUUCAGCUCCCUUGGUGCCCAGACUUAAAAUGCAAUCUGCGACAAAUAAACCAGUGGUGUCACCGAAAGCAGCUCCUCUGCCCAAACCUCCUCGGGUCCUUGCUCGUAGUUACUCUAUACCUACAAGGGAUCAUACAGCGAUGGAGUUCCAUGUAACUGAACCACAGGAAGCUUCCCCCAUUCCCGAAGUGCCAGACAAUUCACCUCCUUUGACGCCAAUAACCUUACCUAACACAGCCAAGCCACCGUCACCCAGCUCUGAGAUUGUCACACUGGCUGUUCAAUUCAGAGGUAAUUUGAAUGUUCGUAUACCCUUUCUUUUUUAUAUCGUCAAAUAUGAAUGCUGAGGUUGUGUUCUAGUAAGACUGACACCAUGACUGAAAAGCAACCUCUGGGGACUAAAUGUAUAUACAUAUAUAUCAAUUUAUCUUGCAACUUGUUCUUCUCUUUACUGUUUUUUGUGGCAUCGAAUUUACUUCGUUGAAUGCAGGCGGAGAUUGAUUAAGUUCACCGUUGGGCGACAUUUGUUUCUAAGUAGGCAACAAACUGUUUUCUAAGUAGGCAACAAACUGUUGUGGGGAGGUUCAAAAGAUUGCGUUCUCUUCCACAUGUAGAGGUGCACAGAUGUAAAUAUAUCUCUGUUGAUGAUUUUCGUUAAUUUGUUUAUUUGUCAGUUUUAGUAGCUAGUUAUUUUGUGUUAUUGGGGCACAUGGCAUAAAAUUGUAAUACAAUUGCCAAUCUUGUUCGAUCAUCCGAGGAAUUUUGUAAUUCAUCCCCAGCAAUUAAUACUUAAUACUCAUUUUUUUAUGUAA